AUGAAAGAAUUCACAGUAAUAUUAUAUGCUGGUGGAAAUAAUCGUCUAUCGACAGAUUUAUCUCUUCCCAAAUCACUUUUACCUGUUGGAAAUCGUCCAUUAAUAUGGUACAAUCUUCAACUAAUUCAAUCACAUCCGGCGCUUGCAUCAUCAGUAUUGCUUAUUUUAACAUCUAGUCAAUCUCGACAAGUUCUUGAUGAUUAUCUGUCAACAUUGAAUAUAACCUAUGAAUUAAUUGUUUAUAGACAACAUCAUGAAUCAACCAGUGACGAUCAACAACAAGCACAAGAUGAAUUAGGAACAUUAGAUAUACUUCGUUCAUGUUAUUCGCGUAUUCGAACUGAAUCAAUAUGUCUUUUUACUUGUGAUCUGUAUGGAAAAGUUAAUCUUACGCCAUUAAUUAAUAUGUUUCGUGUAAGAGAUGCAUCAUUAUGUAUGCUGUUACUUAAAACAACAACAUCAUCAACCACUGGAAAAGAAUCACUAGUACAACCCGGACAAAAAAUAAAAUAUACUGCAGAACCUGAAUUCUACACUGUUGAUCAAUCAACAAAUAGUGUAACAUCAAUUCGAUUAAAAGCUGAUUUAGAUGAAUAUUUUCCAUUGAAACAAAAUAUUCUUGCAAAAUAUCCUCGUACAAUAAUUCGAACAGAUUUGGUUGAUGCUCAUUUAUAUUUAAUAAAAAAAUCCUGUUUGGACAUAGCUAUUUGUUCAAAGUAUUCUUCAUUUCGUAAAGAAUUUCUACCGAAAAUGAUUCGACAAAUGGCAACUGGUCAAUCACUUGAGGUUCUCAUUUCGACAACUGCUAAUAAAAAGAUGAUGAUUCGACAAACAACCACUGAUUUGGAUGAUCUUACGGAUUUAUCAAGACUUCUAGAACAAUAUGAUUGUGACAAUAAACAAAUAAGAGGUGGAUGUUAUUAUUCUAUUGAUGAAACACAAGUGUUUCGUGUUAAAAAUGUUCUUUCGUAUCUUGAAGCUAAUCGACAAGCUUCAUCACAAAUUUUAUCAUUCACAAAUGAAGAUAUUACAUUUAAAGAUAGAUUGGAACAGAUUCAAAUCAGUCCAGACUGUGUCGUUGGUGAUGGACAUGAGAUUGGAAAGAGAACAACAAUAAAAAGAACUAUUAUUGGAAAAAAUUGUCGAAUUGAAGACAAAUGUAAAAUUAUUAAUUGCGUUCUACUAGAUAAUGUUUAUGUUAAAGAAGGAGUAAUACUACAAAAUUCUAUUUUAUGUUCUCGUUCAACAAUUGGCUCGAAAUCUGAAAUUCUAAAUUCAAUUAUUUGUUCAAAUCAACAAGUUGAAGGAAAUAGAAAACUAAAUGGUGAAACAGUAUCACCUGCAAGUCACGAAUCUGUUGUUUACAUGGUAUAUGAUGAUGAGCAAUGA